UAUGCCCCUGUAACAUUAUGGCGAUUAGCCGCCUUUAAUAUGCUGUUGAUAUGCUGUUGAUAUGAACGCAGGCUUUAAAAGAAUGAUCUCAUUGGAGCUUACCUGCAACUCUAUGACCUAGCAUUGCUGCGGUCUCUUCGAGAAAUCCGAUGCCCAGGUUUUCCUUGGCCACGGCAUGAUGCUCUGCCCAUACGUAGAACAUUUCCAAUACCCAGAAAAACAGCAAGCGCAAACUCUACGCUUUACUAUAUCCACACACUACAACAGUCUUGAGAACAAUUAUACCUCAGGUACCUAAAACUAUACCCAACCUAUCAAAUCAACCUAAACCGUCAACAUGGGUGCCGUAGUAUCUUGCGUUCAAUCCAUCUUCCGCACCAUCGGAAACGUCAUCAUGGCCAUCGUGUCGGGUAUCGGUAACAUCCUCGUAGCCAUCAUCAACGGCAUCGUGUCCUUCUUCGGCAUCAUCAUCAGCUUCCUGACCUGCGGCUACUGCCGCGGCCACCGGCGUAGUACAGGCGGCGGCUGGGGCCGACGUCGCCAUGCCACCACUACGAGCCGCAUCUAGAGGGAGUGGUAAUUCGCUAAAGUGGAGAGGGAGGGAGCAGGAAAUUGAAUUCGAGUAACUGGUUUCUUUUCGUUUCAUAUGGGCUGGUUGGACGAUGAUGAUGAGCGGAGAGUUGGUUAACGAGAGACGGGGCUUUCAAGAGCCAUCACGAUCGAUUGAGCAUUACGAUACCCCCUAUUUUCUAUUUUCUUGAGUACUGUACUUCGACACGGAGACGGAGUGAUGGAAUUGUCACAACAUCCUCACAAAUAGAAAAAUAAUAGACAUUUCAAAUCACCAUUACACUCCGUGACAUUCAAA